AAAAUGGAAAUUGUGACACUUCCGGAAAAUGUGAUCGUAUAGUUUUGUUUUUUUCUGAAAAUAUUUAUUAAAAUACUAUUUAUCUGAAUAAAGUAGAAAAAAUAUAAAACAGAAUGUCGGUAAAAGUUCAACCUCCUCCCCGAAAGGGAAAAGUUACUACAGCUUUGAAGAAUAUUCAUAAUGAACAACUAGUUAAACUUCAGAUGAAACACCAGCAGGAUUCAGAUUUCUUAGAUGAUAUUAGAAAUUUUUCUAAAAUGAGAGCAGUUAUUGAGAAGGACUAUGCACAGGCUCUUUUGAAGCUUGCAACUACUCAUCUUCAAAAGAAAGGACCAUUAGGUCCAGAUAUGAAACCAAAAGAUGGUGAAUCACACAAUACUGUUUAUGGUGUUUGGAAAACAUUAUUAGAUGAGACUGAAAAAAUAGCUAAAGCUAGACUAGCUGCAACAGAAGUAUAUCAACAACAAGUCUCAGAAGGUGCUAAAUCCCUUAGAUUGUACAAAUUACAAUGUGCUAAAAAGUGUUUUGAAAGUCUAAAGAAAAUGCAUGAAGAAAUUCAAACUUGUGUAACAGAAAUUGAUAAGAGCAAGAAAUUAUACUUUGAAGAGGAGCAUAUGGCUCAUGAAGCUAGGGAAAAAGCUCACGACGCUGAUGAAAAACUUAAAAGGAAAAAAGGAAGAAUUUUUCAGUCUAUUUCUUCUUUACAAAAAAAUAGUGCUAAGUUUUCUUUCCGUCGUGAAGCUUGUGACAUUCAAGCCACUAAAGCAAGAAAUGAUUAUGUAUUAGCCCUAAUUGCAGCAAAUGCUCAUCAAAAUAAAUUUUAUGAAAAUGAUCUUCCAGAAUUAGUGCAGUAUCUUGAUUGUGAUAUGUAUGAUAAAGUCAAGGAGUACAUAUUGUUGAUUGCUCACACAGAGCUACUAACAUGUGCUGCAUGCCAAGCAUCGUUCAAUAAAGUACAGGAGCAAGCUAAUACGGCAUCUAAGCAGUUUACAAUGGAAUGUUUCUUUCGUGACAACCCAGUUCUAUCUCAAACUAUUCUUUAUGAAUUUGAACCAUGUGAUAAUGAUCAAAUAAAUAAGUUAUCAGUAGAACAUAAUGCUGCCUUGUGCUUAAGCAAAGAGGCUAAGAGAUGGAUUAGCUGUGUUGCAAAGGAGGUGAGAGUGAUUCGUGAAAGCAAAGAAGAACUAAAGAAACUUCUUGCUCAGAUAGGAGACAAGCCUGAUACUCUACAAAGUGAUCAAAUUGGACCACAGGCUGAACUUGAAGCUAGAAUCGAUGAACUUAGACAAAUUAUUAGAAAAUCUGAGACAAGUAAGAAAAAGGCUGAAGCACGUUUAGAGGCUAUGAAAGAAGCAGGAGUUAAUGUUGAAGAUUGGGUUAAAACAUCAGACACAGAAUCAGUCAGUGCAUCAGAAUCUCCUGCUGAAGUAUUUAGUAGAUCUGGUACGGUAACAUCAAGGAGUAGUCGUCAAAGCUAUCAAUCCUCAGAGGUUUUUGAAGGAAGUGUUGAAGUGAAUGAUGCUGCAUUCUAUGAUAGUGAUACAGCAGAACCACCAACUAGUGCUGCUCCUGAUUCUGCACCUGAAACAUCAUAUAUGCCUGAUUUGACAUCAGCAAUUGAUGUUGUGGCAGCUGUUCAAGAAGCUUGGGAUGCUGCUGCUGAAACUGAAGAGAUAGAAGAACCCGAACCAGUGCCUGUUCAAGAGCCUGCACCCAUGGUGAAUGGGGAAGUGGCCCCACAAGCUCCUGGUCAAAGAUGUGUUGCUCUCUUUUCUUAUGAGGCAACUAAUUCUGAUGAACUUAGCUUUGUGGAACAAGAAGAGCUAGAAUUAAUAAAUGAAGGAGAUGGUGAUGGCUGGGUUAUGGCUAGAAAUUAUCGAGGUGAAGAAGGUUAUAUCCCUCAAAAUUAUGUAGAAAUAGUGGAACCUCAAGCUGCAGAAUCUUCAUCUCGACCUCCUUUGACAUCCUUUUCAUCUGUUGAUUAUACGAUGCCAAGUGAAGAUAUAGAAGCAGGCAUUGAUGUGAACACUCAACCUCCUCCUGCUGAGCCUGAGCCUGAGCCUGUUCCUCCACCAAUUGAACUUGCAACUACUGAAAUUCAAAGACCAAGAGAACUGCCUUCUACAGAGCGCAUAUCAGUCUGUCAAGCAAUAUAUGAUUAUGAAGCCACUUGUGAUGAAGAGCUGUCUUUCUUUGAGGGACAGAUUAUUAAAAUUAUUCGCAAAAAAGUUUGUGAUGUUGAUGAUGGUUGGUGGGAGGGUGAACUUGAUGGCCAAAUUGGACUUUUUCCAUCUUUAGUUGUAGAGGAAUUGAAGGAAAAUGGAGAACCUAUCACACCAGAAACUCCUCUGUCUCCUCCAGAAGCUCCUCCUCCACCUGCAUUCACUCCGCCUGAAGCGCAACUUGUAAUUCCACCUGCUGCAGUAAUUCUCACACAGCCUACACCUGAAAUGGAAAAUGCAAAAGCUCAGCCUCAAGCUGUUAUAUUAAGCAUGGAUGAAGAUUUCCAUAAUGAGUUAAAUAAAAAUCAGCAAAGUCAACCCCAAGAACAGUUUUCAGCUUCUGAUACUGAAUCCAGUGAACAUGAUACAGCUGCUGCUGACAAUCCUGUUAGUUAUGCUCCACUUGUAUCUAGCCCUGACAGCCCCACAAAAACAGUGGCUGACAGCAUUAAAGAAACAACCUCUUCUGCAGAAGGUGAAACAAAAGAAGAAAUAAAUUCUGAAAUCACAAGUCCUUCUGCAGGAACUGAUGAAUGUCCUACCGUUGUGAUAACAGCUAUUACUGGAGGUGACACUCCGGUUUCAGAUGAAGACAUGGAGAUUAAAGAAGAAGUUGCACCACCAGAGAAAACCGAAGCCAAACAGGAAACCGCAGCAGUUGAGAAAAGUGAUACCAAAAAGGAAACUGCACCUGCACCUGCUGCUGAAUCGAAUCCUGAUGCAUUUGAGUGCAGUUUUGACGAUGAUUUUGGCAGUCAACCACCUCCACCACCACCACCAGUUGUGAAAGAAUCUCAAGCUACUAAAUCUCAAACAGCAAAAGAAGUGGAACAACCCGUCAAGAUGGAAAUUAAUGGCAGUGAUAAAGGGCAGAGCUUCCAGACGGAUGGAAAUUUCUUUUCUGGAGUUUCGGAGAGUUCUGAGACUACUGGAUAAAAUCAUGAUUUGAAAGUAUAAGUUUUGUAUUUUAUUUGAUUCCAAAGUAAUGUGUUAAAAAGUUCCAUGAGAUAUAUUGAUAUUUCUAUAAAUUUCUUCUAUUUGUAUUUCUAUACCAUAAUUUGAUGUUUUAGAAGUGCCCUUUCUUCUUUGGUAUGAUUUUUAUUGAAAGAAGGAAAAUUGUGUUGAAUGCAAUUGUUAAAAUGUAUUUUAUCAUCAUUUUUCAUCCUUUGAUUGUGAGCUUAAAUGGUAUUUUACAUGUUCAUAUCUUUUAUACUUUAUUCCUGUAUAAUAUAAUAUUUGAAAAUUAUUGGCAUGGGUGUCAAUUUCAGAUACAUAUUUGAAUUUGUUGCAUAAUCGAACAAUAUUCACCGAACUUUUAAAUUAAUCUUAAACUUUCUACUUAUAUGCAUGAAGUACAAAAAUUGCUUAUAAUUGUUUUAGGUGUUUCGACUUUAAGAGAAAUUAUAAUGUUUCCUCUAAGAUCAAACUUUCUUAAAGACUCAUUUUCUUAAAUAUAAACUGCAUCUAAUUUUUCGGGAGGGUUAUCAGUUUUUCUAUGGUGUUUUUAUGCCAUAGAUAUGAAAUAAUUGGAAGUUAGAAAAUAAAUACUAAACAGUGGAUUAGCAUUUCAGAUAAAAUUGGAAAUAAAAGAAAUAUGAUGUUUAUUGUUAAAUAAUACUUAUAUUUGAUGCUAUUAAGUGGAAAAUCUAAUUGAGCUUUAAUAAUAUAUUUUGAUUUUUUACAGCAUAAAAUAGAAUCCUACAAUUACCAGAAAAUUUUGUUUAUAAAAAUCUUACCUUUAAAAUUACCUUCAACAAAUUACCUUUUUAUUUCUUGAAGGAAAACAAUUUGAUCAUUAUAAUCAAAAACUUUUUUCUGAAAAUAGCAAUGAUAAUGUAAUGUUUUUAAUUUUUUUAAAAAAAUUCUAUUUAUUGUCUUGACUCAUUUUUCUCACAAUAUUUAUUAUUCAUUAUCAUAUUUGUCUAUUUCUCCUCAUUUACAUCUCAAAUCUGCUGUAAUUUUACAAGAUGAAAUAUGAUUAGAAUUUCAGAUAUCAACAUGCUAUAGAACUGAUUGAACUUAGAUGGAAAAACUAGAACGUGUAUAUCUAUUACAUGUGUGUUAUAAUGAUCUUUGUAUAGCAUUGCAAAGUAUUUCACUGUUGUGCUGAUAGAAGAGAAAGAGUGCUUGAUGCAGAAUCACUAUGUAAUAAUUUUGUUUUUUGAAAGAUAUAUUAAGUUUCUGGAAGUGCAUUAAAUUAGAUUGUUACUUAAAUGUGAAUGCAUUAAAGAACUGUUUCAGAAGUUUUCUUUCUCUGUAUUGAAAACUGUCAGCAACUGGAAGUGUCAGAACUGUCAGCAAUGUUUCAGGUACAGUAAUUCUGCAAAGUUUUGAAUACUGUCAGUGUUAUAAAUGUAGCCUAUAAUUUUAUAAUGUGUAUAAUAUUAGUAUAUUCCUCAUUAUGUAUAUAAAAUUAUAUGGAUGCAAAACGAAUAAAAAAAGUGAUAUGUU